AAAGGGUUCGGAGGUGAAAGGAAAGCUUCGCCGCUUCUUCUUCGUCCUCUCUCUCUCGUUCUCACUUCUUCAACAGUUUCUUCAACCAUCUUUGUGCUUUUGUAUCCAAACUUUUAUCGGUGAAGAAGAUGUUGACGGAAGAAGAAAUCAAAAGACUUUACAGAAUCCACAAGACGUUGAUGCAGAUGUUAAAGGACCGUGGUUAUUUUAUCGCGGAUUCUGAAAUUACGAUUACGAAGCAGCAGUUUAUCAGGAAAUAUGGAGAUAAUAUGAAAAGGGAGGAUCUUGUUACUCUCAAGGCUAAGAGAAAUGAUAACAGUGAUCAGCUCUAUAUUUUCUUCCCUGAUGAGGCGAAAGUUGGAGUUAAGACGAUGAAGAUGUACACAAACCGGAUGAAAUCAGAGAAUGUUUACCGAGCAAUUUUGGUGGUGCAGCAGAACUUGACCCCUUUUGCUCGAACUUGCAUUAGUGAGAUCUCUUCUAAGUUUCAUUUGGAAGUUUUCCAGGAGGCUGAAAUGCUAGUGAAUAUUAAAGAGCAUGUUCUUGUUCCUGAGCAUCAAGUUCUCACUUCGGAAGAGAAGAAAACUUUACUGGAGAGAUACACAGUGAAAGAGACACAGCUUCCAAGGAUCCAAGUGACUGAUCCAAUCGCAAGAUACUUUGGACUAAAACGUGGGCAGGUCGUGAAGAUCAUUCGUCCGAGUGAGACUGCUGGUCGUUAUGUUACCUAUCGUUACGUCGUAUAAGCAACAACAAAAAGCUUUGUGUGGAUCAGAUUUCGAAUUAAAUGCUGAUAGUUGUGAAACAUAAGAGUAAUGCUUUUGUACUAAAUCAAAUUGUUGACUGUGUUUUAUUCUUGUUUGUCAGAUAUGAGAAUUAAGGCUUAAACCAAUUUUUGUAUA